CGGAAAUUACCUGCCCUCCGAAUUAGCCCAGGCAUACCGCACAUGCAGACCAAAUUAGGCGGUGAGCCAGCAUGUAUUUCGAAAGACUGUUGCCAUUGUGGCUAAUUUCCCAUUCCGCACCACGCAUCCUUUCCGCUUCCGCUCAAUUUCACCACCGUCGAACCCUGGUCGCCCUCGUUGCCACCCCUGAUCUCCGUCACUUACCCUUGCAGGAGGUGGUGUUUGCUUCUUUGUUCAAUUACUUCAAUGGUUGAAGAGGAAGCAGCUGAUUGCUCGCUAAAAAUGGAGUGGGGUAACAAUUCCGAUCUCAGUGGGGAUGAGGAGGAGGUGGGCUUCCUGCUUAACGAUGCCGCCCCACUUCCUUUCCCUGCCCAUAACUUACUUCAAACUGCUCCCUGUGGCUUCGUUGUCACUGACGCGCUCGAGCCCGACCAACCCAUCAUUUAUGUCAACACCGUCUUCGAGAUGGUCACUGGGUACCGCGCAGAGGAGGUUCUCGGUCGUAAUUGCCGUUUCUUACAAUGUAGAGGACCAUUUGCUAAAAGAAGGCACCCCUUGGUAGACUUGACAGUGGUUUCAGAAAUAACGAGAUGCCUUGAGGAGGGCAUCAAAUUCCAAGGCGAGUUGUUGAACUUCAGGAAGGAUGGAACCCCCUUGACGAGCAGAUUGCAUCUGACUCCAAUAUACGGAGAUGAUGAUACUAUUACUCAGUUUAUUGGGAUUCAAUUCUUCACAGAAGCAAAUAUUGAUUUAGGUUUGGUGCCUGGAUAUUCAAUAAAGGAGUCUACAAAGUCAUCUGAUAGUUCUAGUUCGGUUUUUUCUACUUUCUGGCCUGUUCCAGUUGGGGACCGAAAUGUUUGUCGAGGGGUUUGUGGUAUAUUUCAAUUAAGUGAUGAGGUGCUUUCUCUAAAGAUACUUUCACGACUAACACCAAGAGAUAUUGCCUCGGUUGGUUCUGUCUGUAGGCGACUUUAUGAGCUGACAAAGAAUGAGGAUCUUUGGAGGAUGGUUUGUCAAAAUGCAUGGGGUAGCGAGACAACUCGUGUUUUAGUGACUGUUCCUGGUGCAAAGAGAUUCGGGUGGGGUCGAUUGGCAAGGGAAUUGACUACACCUGAGGUAGUAGCAUGGAGGAAACUAACUGUUGGAGGUGCUGUUGAACCAUCUCGGUACAACUUUAGUGCUUGUGCUGUUGGGAAUCGUGUGGUUCUUUUUGGUGGGAAAGGGGUAAACAGGCAACCAAUGAAUGACACCUUUGUGUUGGAUCUAAAUGCCAGCAACCCACAGUGGCAACAUGUCCAAGUGAGUUCACCUCCUCCUGAUCGUUGGGGUCACACACUUUCUUGUGUGAAUGGUUCUCAUCUGGUGCCAUUUGGAGGUUUUGGAACACGGGGUUUGCUUAAUGAUGUUUUUGUGCUGGAUUUGGACGCAAAGUCUCCAACUUGGCGUGAAAUAUCAGCAUUGGCCCCACCACUUCCCAGGUCAUGGCAUGGUUCCUGCACCUUUGAUGGUACAAAGCUGAUAGUUUCUGGUGGCUGUGCAGAUUCUGGUGUGCUUCUUAGUGACACUUUUCUGCUUGAUCUUUCAAUGGACAAACCUGUCUGGAGAGAGAUACAAGUAGCGUGGACCCCACCUUCUCGCUUGGGUCACACACUGUCAGUCUAUGGUGAUCGGAAAAUACUGAUGUUUGGAGGUCUUGCCAAGAGUGGUCCUGUCAGAUUGCGUUCUAGUGAUGUAUUCACAGUAGACUUAAGUGAGGAAGAACCAUGCUGGAGAUGCGUAACUGGGAGUGGAAUGCCUGGUGCUGGAAACCCAGGGGGCAUGACUCCACUUCCUAGACUUGAUCAUGUUGCCAUCAGCCUUCCUGGUGGAAGAAUCCUUAUUUUCGGUGGGUCUGUUGCUGGUCUUCGCUCUGCUUCCCAGCUAUAUCUCCUUGACCGAAGAGAAACCCACACGGAGGAUACUGAAUGUUCCUGGGAGACUGCCGAGAUUGCUUGGGGGCAUAGUACUUGUGUUGUUGGUGGGACGAGGGCUAUUGUCCUUGGUGGUCAAACAGGCGAUGAGUGGACGCUAACUGAGCUCCAAGAGCUAUCAUCGGCGAGUUCUGUUUUCUGAUUCAAGAGGACGCGGGGAAGGGAGAGCAGUUCGUUUCUGGGCUUAUUACAACCAAAAUUUUUAAACCCGACUGGACGGUCGAACGGGUUGGACUGCUACUCCGACUGGAUAUAAUAAAAAAAAUUUGAUUUAAGAGUGUUAUAUAUAAAUAAUACUUACAGCUUGAGGUCUAAUAGACGACUGUGUUGGCCUACUGGUGCUAGUCAGCUUUUGGCAUUUAAGAUGAUGCAGGUUCCAAUCGCUAUGAUGUUAAAUUUAUUCAUCUUCAUUUUAGUGCGG